GACUUUUCCUGCGCAGGCGCGGCUGCCUCACUCACGGAGAUUCAGCAGCGGCGUGAUGGCGUUCACUUCGGCCUGGAAGCGGAUGUCGUGGUUCUAUUACCAGUACCUUCUGGUCACCGCGCUUUACAUGCUGGAGCCCUGGGAGCGGACUGUGUUUAAUUCCAUGUUAGUCUCCAUCGUUGGAAUGGCACUUUACACUGGCUAUGUUUUCAUGCCUCAGCAUAUUAUGGCCAUAUUGCAUUAUUUUGAAAUAGUACAAUGAUGAAGAACAUUAAAAGAAGUUACUAAUCAGAAGCCGAGGACCAGACUGUGGGGAAGAGAUGACCAUCUACAAUUAAGGAUUUCCACAGAUAACAAACAAGGCAUGAUGGUAGUGACUGCCAGUUGUGCAUACAAAGAUGCAACAUGCCCUGGGUUUUGGUGGCAUUUUUUCUUUACAAGAUUCCCUGGUAACUUGUCUCUUAAUAUUGUGAUUGUACAUUUGAUAUCAGUAUUUUCUUAACUUUGUGACAGUCUCAGUAUUACACUGUGAAAGCUUUUCUUAAUGUAACUGAAUACAUUUUGCCUUCUAUUUUUAAUCAAAAUAAUCUUAUUAAAUGGGGCUUAAAGCUUUUGCUAUUGUAUAGUUAUAUGUCGACCUGGGUAAAUUUCUAGUAACAUAUUUUGUAAGAAAAAAGUGUUUAGAUUCAUAUGGAGAUGUGGAUAUAUUCAUGGAACCCUUCUUACAAAACCUUGUUUAUAAGUUCUAACUCAGGUGCUUACAAUCUAGACUGUUCAAGAGAAUAUUUAGUAUAACACUGUAUUUUGCUUUAGCAGUAAAUGGAAAGUUUUUUUUGUUCCAUUAAGAGAAUAUUGUGACAACUGAGUACUAUAUGAUUUGGAAUGAUUUUGUGGAAGAGAGGAAUGUUGGAUCUGACGAGAAGAUUUCAUUUAUUUUGUGUAUGCCAUCUAGAGAUUUGUGAAAGCAUAUUAAUGCUGCUAUUAUAAUGUUCCUAAUUGAACUGUACCUUUAUGCUUCUAAUUGAAUUGUACUUGUUUCCCCAAAGCUAAUUUUCAUAUAGACUUGAAUUAAAAGACCGUGACUAUGGUGUUGUCUAUAAUAUAAUCAUGUCUGUAUUGUAAACACAUUGUUGUAACUGUUCAGAUUUCUUUGACUUUUUAAACCAGUGGUGGGAAUAAUGCAGCUCUCCCUGUCAGUGAGUUAUUGUUCUCAGCACUCCCAGGUACUAUACCUGAUGUUGAGGAAACGUGGAAUUGGCAGUCCAACAGAAUUUGUAAGGCUAUAUGUGUCCCCCACCCCCACUUCGCUUAGACCAAAAAACCAAAAUAAGGUUUGAUGUAGACUAGAGUUUAAAGAAUACAGCAAUAAAGAGCUGUCUACUAGGCUGGAGUCUUGUCUUAGGUUUUUAUAGCUUUUUGAGAUUUGUAUUCUGAAGUGUAAGAUGCCAAUUUUUAAGGUGGAGGUGAUUCUUUUCCAAAAUAAAACCUUAAAGCAGAA